AUGGAUAAACUAGAGAGGAGGCUCGCUCGUCUCUGGCGUCGUAUGCGCGGCGGAAAACGGAGAGAGCGACGGUCGAAGAAGACUGAAUCCUCGCCACAAUUGAACCGAGGAGAAAUCACUUCGAAUAACAAGCAACGCUACGAGAACACGAAAGAUCUGAAAGAUGUAGCGCCGGAAUUAUGCCUAAAAUAUGAAGAAAAACUAUUCCCGAAUGGAAUUGCUUCUCGUCGUAGCAGUCCACCUUCUCAAGAAAUCUCUCGUGCACUUAUAAGGCUUUACGCCUACGCACGACUUAAAUCGCUGCAGAAUUCGAUUGUGGCAGGACAGCAGAGGUCGUUGAAGUCGAUGACGUCCGCCACCACCACCACCACCACCCCAGCGGACCAUGAUAACUUGGAAUCGUUUAAACCAUUAGAGCGACACUCUUUACUUUCCUCUCUACCACAACUGUCUCUUCAACGAUUUGGGAGUAGAGAGUUCGAGAAGAUGUGCCUAAGUCGAGAUAGUGGAUAUCUCACCGGCUCACCGUGGGAGUUCUCGAGCAGCACCGAGACACUUCGACGGCCAAAGUCUCCUACGGUGGUGACUCGUCCACGGAAACGUGUCGCUAACGAACCGUUACCAUCAAAACGACGAUUUCAUGCUUCACAUGGUGAUAUUUUACACACUUCUGCCGUUGUCGACUCUUCCACACAAACUCACGAGACUAUCGAAUCGUUCCUAAGCAGAAAUGUUUACAAAUCAAAAUGUGUGACAAGUCUAUUCGAAGCGGCGAAUGCAGGCCUUGAAGCGCUUAUCGACGACGUUCUCGCCGAAUUUGAUCGGUGGUUUGUUGGACGUAAAAUGCUCAUCGUUGCUAGCGAACUUCACUUCUCCGUACCGCUUGAUAAACGCUCCAGAAAACUGGAGCAAAUACUAAAACAGCAAAUGCUCCGCUCACUUCUCGAAAAUAAUCGUCGAAUUCUUUAUCUGAAAGGGAAUAGUGAAGUUUUACCGAUACAUAUGGCUGAAGCAAGAACUGAAGAAAAUAUCUGUAGCGAUUCAAAGCUUCAAGCUGUUCAAGGCGUCUAUCAACGUUGUUAUCACAAACUUCUACCGUUCGUACAUUCGGCCACACCGACAUGGCAUGCACCGUAUUGGAAACUCUCCCAAACACCUGUACGACCACAAAAAUCUGCUUUUCUCGAGGAUGAUUCCACGAAAUUUCGUACACAUUCAUUUAUUUCAUUCAAUAUUAUCGGUUUAUCAAUUUUUGGUAUUAAACAUCAAUCACACGAUGUGCUCGCAUAA